AUGGCUUCCGAUAAGCUUACAAUUCUCUUGGUCGGUUCUGGCGGUCGCGAGCAUGCCAUUGCAUGGAAACUUUCCCAGUCCAAUCAAGUUGCUCACAUCUAUGUUGCUCCCGGCAACGGUGGUACUGCCAACGGUAGCAAAGUGACGAAUGUUGACAUUGGUGUGAGCGACUUUGCCAAGUUGACUGAAUUUGCUGUGCAAAACAACGUCGAUUUGGUGAUUCCCGGUCCCGAACAACCGAUUGUCGAAGGAAUCCAAACUGCUUUUAGAAAAGUGGGUAUUCCAUGCUUUGGUCCUUCUGCCAAAGCCGCCCAGAUGGAAGGUUCAAAGACUUUCUCCAAGGAUUUUAUGAAGAAGCAUAACAUUCCCACAGCAGCUUAUGAGAACUUUACCGAUUUCGAGAAAGCCAAGGCUUAUGUUGAAUCGGUGGAUCAUCAAGUCGUGCUCAAGGCCUCCGGUUUAGCCGCCGGCAAGGGUGUAUUGAUCCCUACGACCAAGGAAGAAGCCAUUGCUGGUUUGAAAUCCAUCAUGGUCGACAGGGAAUUCGGCGCGGCCGGCGAUGAAGUGGUCGUGGAAGAGUAUCUCGAAGGUGAAGAGUUGUCCGUUUUGGCUUUCUCGGACGGUUACACCGUGGUCCCUUUACCUCCUGCCCAGGAUCACAAGCGUGCUUUGGACGGUGAUCAAGGCCCCAACACUGGUGGCAUGGGCUGCUACGCUCCUACCCCCAUUGGUACCAAGGAAUUGGUGGAUGAAAUCAAACGCACCAUUUUGAAGCCCACCAUUGAUGGCAUGCGUCGUGACGGUUUCCCCUUUGUCGGUAUACUUUUCACGGGAAUCAUGCUUACCAGCUCUGGACCCAAGGUUUUGGAGUACAAUGUGCGUUUUGGCGACCCUGAAACCGAGGUGGUUUUGCCUUUGCUUGGCGAUGAGACGGAUUUGGCUGAGAUCAUGAUGGCUUGUGUGGAAGGUCGCUUGGAUGCGGUUUCCAUCACCAUCAAACAGGCCUUUGCUGCUACGGUCAUCAUUGCUUCCGGAGGUUAUCCUGGUAGUUAUGCUAAGGGCAAGCAAAUCACGAUUCCUGCCACCACCGAGGACGUGACGGUGUUCCAUGCUGGUACCGCUUUGAAGAACGGUCAGUUGGUGACGGCCGGAGGUCGCGUGCUUGCCGUGUCGGCUGUUGCUUCUUCGCUCCGCGAAGCCGUGGACAAGGCUUACGGCGGUGUCAAGUCGAUCCAGUUUGAAAAUAUGCAAUACCGUACCGAUAUCGCGCAUCGCGCCUUUAAGCAUGCUGACAAGGAAGCGAACAAGGCCGGUCUUUCCUAUGCUGAUGCCGGUGUCUCCAUUGAUGCCGGUAACCUUUUGGUGCAAAAGAUCAAACCUCUGGUCAAAUCGACCAAGCGCGUCGGUGCUGAUUCCGAUAUUGGUGGUUUUGGUGGCCUUUUUGAUUUGAAAGCCGCCGGUUUCCGUGAUCCUAUCUUGGUAUCGGCCACCGAUGGUAUUGGUACCAAGUUGAAGAUUGCUCAGGAAUGCAAUAUCCACGAUACCGUCGGUAUUGAUUUGGUGGCAAUGAACGUCAAUGAUUUGAUCGUGCAAGGCGCUGAACCUCUGUUCUUCCUCGAUUACUUUGCUUGCGGUAAAUUGGAAGUCGAUGUGGGCAAGGACUUUGUGGCCGGUGUCGUUGAAGGCUGUCUUCAGUCGGGUGCGGCUUUGGUGGGUGGCGAAACGGCGGAAAUGCCCGGUCUUUACUUGCCUGGUGAUUAUGACGGUGCCGGUUUUACGGUGGGUGCCGUGGAACGUGCCAAGAUUUUGCCUCGCAUGGAUCUGAUCAAGCCUGGUGAUGUGGUGUUGGGUCUGGCCUCCUCCGGUGUUCACUCCAACGGUUUCUCCUUGGUUCGUAAGAUUGUGGAAUCGCAACCUGGCUUAACCUAUCAUUCAAGCUGCCCUUGGGAGAAAUCCAAGACCUUGGGUGAAGUGUUGUUGACGCCCACUCGUAUUUACGUCAAGCAGUUGUUGCCUGUGGUCCAGAAAGAUUUGAUCAAGGCCAUGGCUCAUAUUACUGGCGGUGGUUUCUUGGAAAAUAUUCCCCGCGUGAUGCCCAAGGAUCUCGGUGUGGUCAUUGAUGCUCAAUCGUACGAAUUGCCUCCUAUUUUCAAAUGGCUCAAGCAAGCCGGUAACCUUUCGGCCCAUGAAAUGUCCCGCACGUUCAACUGUGGUGUUGGUAUGGUGAUUGUCGCCGAUCCCGAACACGUCCCUGAAAUCAAACGCUUGUUACAAGAGGCUAACGAGCAAGUGUAUGAUCUCGGCAAAGUGGUGGCAAGAUCCGAUUUGGAUGGUCAAGAAGUCCAAGUUCGCAACACCGAAACGUGGUAA